ACAGGAGCGCACGAGCGAUGUUGCCUUACGGAGAGAGAGAGAGGAAGUGGGCCUGCUCAGAUGGAGAGCAGCAUGAGAUCCGGACAGUCCCUGAACUGUGGAGGACCAGACACUUCUGAGAUGACUUUAUCAAGGAUAUAGGACACACUAGAAGAUUUUCCCGUUUUGUUGUUUCCAUCUUUUUCAUCACGCCUCCCCCCCUCCCCUUCUCCCCUUUCCCCUCCAUCCUCUGUCCAUCCUCUGUCUGUCCUGCUUCAAGCCGCUCCUCCGGGCAUGCUCCUUAAGCCAAAGUAUGGCCGCUUUCGCAACGAGUCUGUGACCUCCUCUGACGACCUGAUACAGAGCUUAGCUAUGAGCGGCAAAGUUGUGGCCACGCCGGUGGUCUCCUCCUCCACCCCGAGCCUUCCUCUGCCUCCUCUGCCUCCUCUGGAUCCCAGCACCAGGUCUUCCUCCUCUUUUGCCGGGGCUGCAGCCCUGGCAGACUCCCCCUGCCUGGAUGGGGAACAGGAUGCCACCACAACCUUCUGCAUGCUCAUCCCAAAGAUGCCCCAGUGGAAAUUCUCCAACUCCCUCCUCAGCCGGAGCCCCUCCAGCUCCAGCAAGGACUCUAGCAAGGCGGCAGCAUCAGCAACUUCUUCCCAAGCCUCAGCGUCUUCAUCUUCAUCAUCACACAGGCCUGGUGGUGCGCCAGCCGCCAGCGGGCCCGUAGCCAGCCUUGCGGCUGUGCUUAACUCCUGUGACCCUGUCUGUGUCACCCCCUGUUCCCUGCAGGCCAUUCGAGGGCAACGGGCGGUGGCUGCUGCCAACGCUGCUGGUCCAGGAGGUCACGGAUUCAGGGCCGCAGAGGUCAUGGGGAGCCCCGACGUUCCCGGCAGCACCAGAUCAGGGAUGAAUCGCCGGACAAGGGUGGAAGGCAUGUGGCUGGGGGGAGAAGACCUUAACCAGAAGAGCAGCUUCAUCCACAAACCCUCUCAGGGCUGGCUGCACCCUGACAAGAAAAUUGUCGGGCAAGGAGCCUCUUACAUUGUCAGGUAUAUGGGUUGCAUCGAGGUGCAGAAGUCUAUGCGCUCUCUGGACUUUAACACUCGCACUCAGGUGACAAGGGAAGCCAUCAACAGGCUGUGUGAAGCUGUGCCGGGAGGAAAGGGGGCCUGGCGGAAAAAGUCCCCAAACAAAGCUCUGCAGUCAGUCAUGGGGAAAAGUAACCUGCGGUUUGCAGGCAUGAGCAUCGCUGUCAACAUUUCUGUAGACGGACUCGGUCUGCUCAUCCCAACCACGCGACAGGUGAUCGCACAUCAUCCCAUGCAGUCCAUCUCGUUCGCCUCUGGAGGAGACACAGACACACCUGAUUAUGUUGCCUAUGUGGCCAAGGAUCCCAUAAAUCAGAGAGCAUGCCACAUCCUGGAGUGUUCAGAUGGUUUAGCCCAGAGCGUCAUCAGCACCAUUGGACAGGCCUUCGAGCUGCAGUUCAAACAAUAUCUCCACAGCCCUCCUAAAACCAUGGCGUCUGUAGAAAGGCCUGUCAGGAUGGAGGAGCCCAUGUGGGGGGAAGAGGAAGACUUUUCUGAGCAUGAUUACUACAACAGCAUCCCAGGGAAGGAGCCCCCUGUCGGGGGAAUCGUGGACUCCAGAUUCAGGCCCACUGGAGCCUUACUGGGCCACAUUCACACCCAACCACAGAGCAAGAUGGCACAUCAAAUGGGAUCGCCAGCCAAGAGGGAGCAGGCGUCUUACCCACCCGGACAGCUGUGUUAUGAGCUUCACUGGGACACGGAGACCACCUGCAGCUCGGAUGGGUACCUGUGUGCUGACGGUCAGCCGUCGGGCACCAAGGACUACGAGGAGCACCAAUACGUAAACACCCAGAGCCUGGAGAACCUGGAGUCACUCACACAGAGCGCAGGACACAAAGGGGCCAAGGCCCACGACAGUCCAAAGAAAGACCUCUUCGACAUGAGACCUUUUGAGGACGCCCUGAAGCUUCACGAGGCCUGUGGUGGAGCAGUUGGCUCCAGGACACCAGGAGGUUCUGCUUCUCAAGCUGCAGCGGGAGCUGCUCGAAACUUGGAGGAGCAGUGGCCCAGUCCACCGAGGCGCAGGGCCCCCGUGGCCCCCAACGAGGAGCAGCUGCGCAGAGAGCCGUGGUACCACAGCCGCAUGAGCCGAAGAGACGCAGAGAAGAUUCUGGUCCGAGAUGGGGAUUUUCUUGUGCGCGAGAGCACCACCAACCCUGGGCAGUAUGUGCUGACAGGCAUGCACUGCGGCCUGCCCAAACACCUGCUGUUAGUGGACCCCGAGGGCGUGGUCCGGACCAAAGACAUGUUGUUUGAGAGUAUAGGCCACCUGAUAUCAUACCACCUUAAGAACCAGCUGCCAAUCGUGGCAGCAGAGAGUGAGCUCCACCUUAAACAGAUUGUAAGGAGGAAACAGUGA